UGCAUUAUAUCCUGUUGUCUGCGUGAGUUGGAUCUUUGCAAAAAAAUGGAGUAAAACUCUUUAUCUAUCAUCAAAGCUUAAGCACAGGAGGGCCAAGUCAAAUCUAAAUAUUAUCAACAUACUAAAAAUGAGGAAAAAUUUGGUUUUCCUGGUUUGCUAUUUGCUGUAACACCCAGAAAAUCGAAGCAGGUCAAUAUAUUUGCCUGAUUCAGCUGAGCAACAUCAGAGAAAAUAGCAUCACACCAUGCUGUGCGCUUCUUCUCCAUAUUUUUUGGAGCUCAUGCACUUGUUGCCCUCACUUUUAUUCCUAAACCAUCCCAAUCUUGCUUGCUUCUCUUUCAUGGCACCACGAAGAAAAUCAAGCACCCAUGAUGGUGAGCCCUCGAACAUCCGAUCUGCGAAUCAGCAGCUGCAAUCUCUUCUUACCAAUCUCCAUAAAGACGACCUCGUUGAUAUCCUGGUCGGUCUAGCUAUGAAAGUUCCUCAGGCUGCUCAAGGAAUUAGAGGUGCAGCGAGACCUACCGCUGCACAUCGCAAACUUCUUGUUCAUGGCUUCGGUGAGAAAACUACUUCACAAUCUUUGGGUUAUGCGUUUUCUUCAUAUGGUGAAGUUGAGGAUGCAUAUGUUGAUGAUGACAUAACAACUGGAAAGUCUCAUUGUUUGGGCUUCGUUACAUUCAAAAGCUUAGAAUCUGUUAAAAAAGCACUGAUAAAACGAAGAACACGGGUUGAUGGCCUUCUGGCUUACCAACAGCCAAUUCCUGAAGCUGAAAUUGCCAAUCUCAAUACAGACCCGAGAAAACUGUUCGUUAAACAUAUUUCUUCAGAUAUAACAACUGAAAUGUUUCGCCGUUUCUUUGAAAAGUAUGGGGAAAUAAAAAAAGGUUCUGUUGUCUAUGAUAAAAGUAGUAGAAAAUCUGCAGGAUUUGGGUAUGUGACAUUCAAGACAGUUGAGGCUGCUAGGGCGGCCAUCACUGACCCAGAUAAAAUCCUUGGGGGAAACAGAAUCUCUGUAGAGAUCAAAAAGUUCAAGAAAAAGGAAAAAGAAGUUCAGGAGGAGUCUGUAACUUAUGCUCCACACGUUCACAGCAGUUCUUACGCCAUUGCCCCGCAGCACUAUGGAUUGCAAUCUCAAGUCCCACAUCCACAUUUUAGUGGUUACGAGCCUUAUGGAAAUCCUCUACCAUAUCAACCUCCAACUAAAGCAAAUCAACCACAUUUUAGUGGAGACGAGCCUUAUGGAAUUCCUCAAGCAUAUCAACCUCCAACUGAAGCAUAUCAACCACAUUUUAGUGGAGACGAGCCUUAUGGAAUUCCUCAAGCAUAUCAACCUCCAACUGAAGCAUAUCAACCACAUUUUAGUGGAGACGAGCCUUAUGGAAUUCCUCAAGCAUAUCAACCUCCAACUGGAGCAAAUUCACCUCAAACUGGAGCAUAUCGAGGAUAUCCAUCUCCAACUGGAGUUAUUCAACCUCCAACUAGAUCAAAUUCACCUCAAAGUGGAGCAUUUCGAGGAUAUCCAUCUCCAUUUGGAGCAAUUCAACCUCCAACUAGAUCAAAUUCACCUCAAACUGGAGCAUAUCGAGGAUAUCCAUCUCCAACUGGAGCAAAUCAACCUGCAACUGGAGCAUAUUCACCUCGAAUUGGAGCAUAUCGAGGAUAUCCAUCUCUAACUGGAGAAAAUCAACCUCCAACUGGAGCAUAUCCAACAUAUUCACCUCCAACUGGAGCAUAUCCACCUGCAACUGGAGCAUACCGAGCAUAUCCACCUUCAACUGGAGCAAAUCAACCUCCAAUUGGAGCAUAUCCACCUGCAACUGGAGCAAAUCAACCUCGAAUUGAAGCAUAUCUACCUGCAACUGGAGCUUAUCAAUCUCGAACUGGAUCAUAUCGAGCAUAUCCACCUUCAACUGGAGCAUAUCAACGUCCAACUUGAGCUUAUCAACAUCCAACUGGAUUCAUAGCUUAUCCAUACUAUUUUGCUUAUCAGUAAGCUAUCAAUCAUGUUAUUACAGUUAGUUAUUUAGCCUCUGUGCGUAGAAUAAGGGCUUGCAACAGAGAUUUGUAGCAUAGCUACCACAGUUUUUGGGUUAUUUAUCAGAUUUUUUUUUUUAUUUUGCUUUGUGAUUGGAUUUCUUAUUUGUUA